UCUCUCUCGCUCUCUCUAUGUGUCUAUAGCGCGCGGGGUGAUGACGGCACGGCUUUGUGCGCUGAGGAGGCGUCAGAGCGAGUUGCUGCCGGCGCUGCCAGCCGACCGCCGUCCCCAGCGAGGCCCGCGUGAGGGACAGUCCCCACUUCCGGGAUAUUACUAAAUCAUAUUUUAUGAAACUGACUUUUUGUCACGUCUACCUUUUUGAUGCAUGGUAUCUGAAACCUCCCAACUAUGCCAGCAGCUACGGUAGAUCACAGCCAAAGAAUUUGUGAAGUUUGGGCUUGCAACCUGGAUGAAGAGAUGAAGAAAAUUCGUCAAGUUAUACGCAAGUUUAACUAUGUUGCAAUGGACACAGAGUUUCCAGGUGUAGUUGCGCGGCCAAUUGGAGAAUUCAGAAGCAAUGCAGACUAUCAGUAUCAACUACUUCGUUGUAAUGUGGACUUGCUAAAGAUAAUUCAAUUAGGGCUGACGUUCAUGAAUGAGCAAGGCGAAUAUCCUCCAGGAACUUCAACAUGGCAAUUUAAUUUUAAAUUUAAUUUAACAGAGGACAUGUAUGCCCAGGAUUCCAUAGAGUUACUAACAACGUCUGGAAUCCAGUUCAAAAAACACGAGGAAGAAGGAAUUGAGACUCAAUACUUUGCUGAACUUCUGAUGACGUCAGGAGUAGUGCUAUGCGAAGGAGUCAAGUGGCUUUCAUUUCACAGUGGCUAUGACUUUGGAUAUCUGAUAAAGAUCUUGACGAAUUCUAAUUUACCUGAAGAAGAGCUGGACUUCUUUGAGAUACUGAGAUUGUUUUUCCCUGUCAUUUAUGACGUGAAGUACCUUAUGAAGAGUUGCAAAAAUCUCAAGGGUGGAUUGCAAGAGGUUGCUGAGCAAUUAGAAUUGGAAAGGAUAGGCCCACAGCAUCAGGCAGGAUCUGAUUCUCUGUUAACAGGAAUGGCUUUCUUCAAAAUGAGAGAGAUGUUCUUUGAAGAUCACAUCGAUGAUGCCAAAUACUGUGGUCACUUAUAUGGUCUUGGUUCGGGAUCAUCUUAUGUACAGAAUGGGACAGGAAAUGCAUAUGAAGAAGAAGCCAACAAGCAAUCAUGACACGAAAUGGAAAACCACUUUUUCUGAGCUCCACCUGUUUGUACAUAGGUUUUAUCUCUGGUUCAAUCCCUUGGACAAUGAGGCAUUCUUUUCCUCUCUUUAUCAGCACACGUUUUUCUGCCUUUAUACGUACUAAACUUGACUGUUCCUAUCCCAGUUUUUUGACCUUGACAUGUAGGCAUUUCUGGGUGAAAUGUGGCCUUGUACUUUGCCCAACUGUACAUAAGCACAUGUAGGAGCGGGGUGGCAGAUAGAAAAGGGAAGCAAAAAUGAUAGUGAAAUUUCUGGUAAACUUUAAUUGGUCUUAGUAUUGGUUUAUUAUCUUCCCCACCCAUUUCCCUAAACUUGAACUAGCACUGAUUGUAACUGGCUCCCCCAUUUGAUGUCUAUGCCUUCCAGUGUACAGGAGUUUUAGCUAUUCAAGAUUGCGGACCAUCACAUUUGCACUUUAGAAGAGUGACUCUCAGUCAGAUCCUCUGUUUUAUCCCAAGCUCCAGUAUUCCUUCCCUGUUUCAGACAAAUCUGCCAACCCAUGGUUAUUCUCUUCCCACCCACCCCAGUUUCAAAUCCACUGAAGAUAAACCCCUUUUUUGUAUCACCUCUGUCCAGAACUACUGAAAUAUUAGCAACUGUUCUUGUACCUAAACUGGUGCCUGGUCUUCCAUGUGUGUCCUGCACACACCAACUGGCUUGCCAGUUUAAUAUUGCUCUAUCAUGGAAAUAACUUGAUGGAGCUGUGGGGAAUAAUUCCUAUGAAUACUUCACUGAAGUAAGAGGCUCUGAUGUAGCAUCUAAUUCGUGUUCCUGAUCAGUUCUUAGUGGGGUGUGUUUGGGGGAAGUUAUUCAUGAUCCCAAUUUCUAGAAACAAGAUUUACAGCAUACAGCAAAGUUCCUGUGGCCUUUUGUGGUUUUGUCUGAGCAGACGUAAUUCAAAGGAUGGAAACUGCAGUUAGAUUAACAGGACGUGCUAAUUGUGGAUCCAUUUUGUAUUCCUGUUCUAGCAAGCUAUGCCCUAUGAUACUUUCUAUUUUUAAAAAACCCUUAUUUAUUCUUUACUUGAGUAGAUGAACACAACUCGGUUUAAGAAUGAGAUCCAAAGAUUUGAAGUCAACUUGAUAGAGAACUAAAUAGAAAAGGAAAAUAGAUGUGUCCUUUUCUGGAGCAACUACAAAGGACUUUCAUUGUAAAACAACAAAUCUGUUUGUAUCUAAUAAAGUUACCCAAGUCUUGGAAGGCUAGCUUAUUUUUUGUGUCGAUCUUAGCAAUAUCUUUUAAAAGUACAUUGUUUUAUUACAGGACCACAAAGUAUUUUCCUCACUACGAAGAGCAUACUCAUACAGAGCAGUUGUGCAGGAAGACUUUAACUGAUAUUGAAUAGCUAAAUCCUAGACUGAAAAUGAUGGAGUGCCUGUGACUGUAUUUUGUGUGUAUCAUCUACACUGAAACUCAGUUGGACUAAAUCUUAGCAAUGUUCAGCCAGUUGAUCUGUUUACCAUGUACUUUAACUUGUUUUCCUUUUUUUUUCCUCAUGAAGUUACAAUGAUGUAACUGGGCGGUCCUUUUUAAAGAAAAAUAACACAUUUGCAAAAGAGGGUAUUUUGUUUUUAAAGCUUUUGUAAAUAAAGGCUUAAAAUGUUUUCUUAUA